AUGACGGCAAGAUCCAUAGAGCAACACCAGAUCUGCUUGACCAAAGACAAUUACCAACAGCCUCGGCAUACUGCAACUUCUUGUGCUACCAAGUCUUGUUGCACCACUUGCCCAGACUCUUGUCAUCUUGGGAACACCAAACCUAUCCUAAAACCUCGAUUGCGCGACAUAAUAAGCUUGUUCGAUCUACCCAUCAACAAACUAUCCGUCUUAUCCAUUGCGCGUCCAAUAGGUUUCCCCGCAAGACGCUAUAUACCCGGGUCUACAAGAACUACCAGCCUCGGUACCCCUCUAACCCUUGCUUCAGCUUGUGUAACGCGGUACGCCACCUAG